CUCACAAAGUUAAACAUCCUUCAAAUACAUCAAAACAUGAGUUUGUCUUUCUUCCCUCAUUCUCCAAAUGAUGUUUGAUUUGUAGUAAUUAAUUAACGUGUAACAUGACUGAUAGUACCGUAAACUCGACCAUUAACCGCGUUUCAACAUCGGGAAGAGUAUGGUUUUGUGAAGAGGUGUCUAAGAAUCCAAGAUCAAGAGGGAUUUUCUUUUCGGAUAAUCCAUUUAGUUACACAUUACCGGUUCUCUUUAUACAAACCUCUUUAGUUUCUAGUUUGACUGCUGUUUUACAAUUCUUCCUUGAACCUAUUGGAGAGACCAAAUUCUUUCCACAACUGCUGGCUGGCAUGAUGCUAGGACCAUCAGUUAUAGGACAAAGCGCCUUCCUACAAAAGUGGUUAUUCCCACCAAAAACAUUCUACAUAAGUGAGACAAUUGCUUUUUUUGGAGGCAUGAUGUUUAUAUUCUUAGUUGGAGUAAAAAUUGAUCUAAGUAUUGUUGUAAGAUCAGGGAAAAAAGCUUGGGCAAUUGGAAUUUUGUCAUUUAUCUUUCCACUAUUAUUCAGUUCAGUUAUUUUUAUUUUUGCAAGAGAAACAUUACCUCCUAAUCAUCCUCUCUCCAAGUCCUUAGUUUCCAUCACAUUCAUCUUAUCAAGUGGUUCAUUCCAUGUUACUGCAAUCCACUUAGCAGAUUUAAAACUAUCAAACUCCGAAAUGGGACGAUUAGCGAUAUCUUCGUCCAUGGUCAGUGGAACCAUUUCUUUAUUGUUGGUCACCAUGGUGGUAACCCACAAAAAUAAAAUUUCCUUCGAAGAUAAGACUUUUAUCUUGAUGGUAAUGAGUUUGGUCGUUAUGGUUACUUUCAUACUAUGCAUUUUACGUCCCAUAAUGUUUUGGAUGAUAAGACAAACACCUGAAGGGAGACAAAUGAAAGAAUCAUAUAUAAUAUCAGUGUUUUUGAUGUUAAUCAGUUGCGCACUUUUUAGUGAAGUUAUUGGACAACAUGUUCUAAUUUUACCAAUCGUUCUAGGCAUAGCUGUACCUGAAGGUCCCCCAUUAGGAUCAGCAUUGGCAGAUAGAUUGGAUACAUUAGUUUCAUCGAUUUUUUUGCCGUUGUAUUUUCUUUAUAGUGGUUCUAGAUUCAAUGUUUUUCUGAUUGAUGGUCAUACCUUUGUGAUUGUUCAACUUCUUGCUAUUGUUUCUUUCAUUGGGAAGGUGGUAGGAACUAUAUUGCCUUCAAUUUAUUGGAAGAUGCCAAUGACAGAUGUUUUAGCUUUAGGACUACUUAUGAGUGCUCCAGGCAUCACACAUUUACUUUACUUGCAAACUGGUCUAAAUAUUACGAUGGUAGAUGAACAAUCGUAUGGUAAUGCAUUGAUAGCAGUACUAUGGUUAACAGGAGUCACCACUCCCUUUGUGAAAUUAUUAUAUGAUCCAUCAAAGAGGUACAUAUCUUUAAAUAGAAGAAGAACCAUUCAACAAUCAACUCAAGAUAUUGAACUGCAUCUCAUGGCGUGUAUACAUAAUCAAGAAACCACACCUUCUAUAAUCAAUCUUCUUGAAAUGUCAAACCCUUCAUUGGAAAAUCCUAUUUGUAUCUAUGUUCAACAUCUUAUUCAACUAAGAGGAAGAUCAACCCCGGUUUUCAUAGAUCAUCAACCAACUGGCAAGAAGAAUCCUUCGCAAAAGAAUUACUCACAGCACAUGAUAAACGCAUUUCGAUCCUAUGAGAAACAAAAAUCAAACCAUGUUGUUGUGAAACUCUACACGUCGAUUUCGCCUUACGAGACAUUGCAUGAUGAAAUAUGUAUGCAGGUUGCUGAAAAGAGAGUUUGUUUGUUGAUUGUGCCUUUUCAUAGACAAUGGAAAUCAAAUGGGAUAGCAGGAUCCGGACACCCGAUUAGGGCGUUGAAUCGCCAGCUUCUCAGGACAGCACCUUGUUCUGUUGGGAUUCUAAUUGAACGCGGUACUUUGAAUAUAAGAAAUCCUCUAACAAAUGUCGCAUUUUAUAGUGUUGGAAUAGUCUUUAUAGAUGGUAACGACGACCGUGAAGCCUUAGCCUAUGCAAUGCGGAUGGCUAACAACCCGAUUGUAAGAGUCACACUGAUUCGACUAAUGGAGCGUCGAAAGAAAAAUAAGAACUUAAUCAACAAGGAUCCAGACGGAGAUUUGAUUCAUAGGUUUAAAGUAGAUUGCAUCCAAAUUAAACGACACGAUUAUAAAGAGGAAGUAGUAAGAGAUAGUGUUGAAAUGAUAAACGUUCUAAGGUCACUUGAUGGUUGUUUUGAUUUGAUUUUGGUUGGUAGAAGACAUGCAAGUGAAUCAAGUUUGUUUUGUGGAUUAACUGAUUGGAAUGAGUAUCCUGAACUUGGACCUAUUGGUGACAUGUUAGUUUCUUCAGAUUCUACUUUUGAUGGUUCUGUUUUGGUUAUUCAACAACAAAAGAGAUCAGGGAAUGGUUAUCAUGAUUUGCAUUUAGAUUCUGGUAUUUUACCAAAGCAAGACAAUUCAAACAAUAUGGAAAGUCCUCAUAUUAAAAAGGUGUGGCCAAUUGUUUAAUACAGAAAUAGAAGGCAAACAGAUGGAAUGUGAACAUCAUAUUUUAGAUGAGAGAAAAACGAUUUAUUAGACAGAAAGUAUUAUUCAAUUUUGAUGUUAGAUAUUGUGUAAAAAACACAGAUAUGUGAGCAACAAAUACAUCAUAUAUCCUACUCU